UUGCGCGAUUUAAACUUGAAUUAAGGUUUAAUAAAAUAUAUUACGUUUCUGAGUAUAUAGAAUUAAAUGUGGAUUUAGAAAACUUUUCAAAAAGUUAAGUAAUUGCUGCUAAAAAUGGUUUCUUUAAAAGAUCUUUCUUCAUACGACAUUGGGGGAUCUGAAAGAAUAAGUCGUCUUUGUGCUGUUCCCGUAAAAGAAGUAACCGGCAAUGCUUACAUUUCUGAAUAUUAUCCUGAAAUUAAUGUAAACAGGGAAAUGUUCAAUACCUCUUCCUCUAGAAUGGCAUCAUACAAAAGUGUUUUGAUUCCUGUUAAUGAACAUAUUAUUAAACGUAUUACGAGGACAUUCUUUGAGAGUGGAUUUCAAGAAGCAUUAUUUGAAGCCAGAAGCGCUCAAAGUGCAGCGCAAAGUCCAAUAAUAUGUUCUUUGGCUGAAUAUGCACAUAGAAUUAUAGAUUUCUUAAACAAAUGUAAAUUUAUGAUUUUACCACACUUAAAAGAUCAAGACACUAGAUGCAUUACUAAAUACACACAAACGAGGGAUUGGACCAAAAGUUGUAUUCGAUGGAUUGUAUGGCAUCCCAAUUGUUUCAAAAUAGCUGUUGCGGGAUCGGAUGAUAUUAUUAGAAUAUACAAGGAUGAGCCAGCUAUUGUUCCAGUUUUAAAGCAUCCUAAUCAAAGAUCUAUAACGUGUAUGGCCUGGAGGCCUUACAGUUCUUCUGAACUAACUGUAGGCUGCGAAGAUGGUAUAUGUCAUUGGACAAUAGAAAACUCUAAGCCUGCUUCACAAAUUUUGUUUUUAAAGCACCCCAAACAUUAUCCUGUUAUUGCUGUAGAGUGGAACCCAGAUGGAACACUUUUAGCAUCUUCUAGUAUUGGAAGUGCAGAUGUUUUGAUUUGGAAUGUUGAUAUGAUUGAAAAUUCUCCUCUAAGAAGAGUUGGACCCUCAUGUUCACUUUUAAAAUGGUCUCCUGAUGGAUCAAGCUUAUUCUCAUCCACAAUUAGUAACGUUUUUCGAGUUUGGAGUACAGAUUGUUGGACUCCCGAAAGGUGGACUAUUAAUUUCGGACAAAUUCAAUCGGCUGCAUGGUCACCAUGCGGAAAAUUUUUGCUUUUUGUAACAUCGGAAGAAUCGUUCUUAUAUCGGUUACAAUUUGUAGAAGAACAAUUAUUUGCAACGUCUAACCUGCCAAAACAAGCUUUACCAAUAGCCGAUUUAACAAAGGUUACAGUUGGAUACCGGGAACUAGGAGGAUUGCCACAAUCUAUUGCGUGGGACCCACAUGGUCGAUAUCUUGCCGUUAUAUUUAAAGAUACAUCUUGUAUUGCAAUUUUUAUGACAUCGUUAACAAAAUUUAAUUUAAAUAUUUCACCUUCAUGUUUCCUAACUGGUAUAGGAAGCGAGUAUCCUUCAUUUAUUUGCUUUCAAAGUAUUAAUCGUAGAAAUUCAGAUUCUGUUUUAACAAUUGGCUGGUCCAGUGGUCGUAUCCAAUAUUUUCCAUUUGUCAAUAUUUAAUAUGCUGUACUUAAUAAACUUUAAAAUGAAUAAAUGCUAAAUUUUUUAUAUGAUAACGUA